CGCAGCCCGUCCCGCAGGCGGCGGGCGGUGUCCAUGGAAACAGAGCGCAAGCCGAGCGCCGCCUCCUUCCCUCCUUCCCUGCUUCCCGCCGGGCCGCCGCCGCCGCUCCCACCGCCACCGCCAUCAUGAUGCUGCUGGGCCGCGGGCUGGACGCCAGGGACAAUCAGACUCGACAAAUACAAGAUGCUGUUUCAAAUGUGGAAAAACAUUUUGGUGAAUUGUGCCAAAUAUUUGCUGGAUAUGUACGUAAAACUGCCAGAUUACGAGACAAAGCAGAUCUUCUAGUAAAUGAAAUAUAUGCAUAUGCAGCUACAGAGACACCAAACUUAAAAGUUGGACUGAAAAACUUUGCAGAUGAAUUUGCCAGACUUCAGGAUUAUCGCCAGGCAGAGGUCGACAGGCUUGAAGCCAAGGUUGUUGAACCUCUGAAAUGUUACGGGACCAUAGUGAAACUUAAAAGGGAUGAUCUUAAAGCAACUUUAACAGCAAAGAACCGAGAAGCCAAGCAAUUAUCUCAACUGGAAAAGACACGUCAGCGGAAUCCAUCAGAUCUACACAUUAUUUCACAGGCUGAAAGUGAACUGCAGAGAGCAACACUGGAUGCUACUCGAACAACGCGGCAAUUAGAGGAAACUAUUGAUAAUUUCGAGAAACAGAAGAUAAAGGACAUCAAAAACAUCUUUUCUGAAUUUAUAACUAUUGAAAUGUUGUUCCAUGGGAAAGCUUUAGAGAUAUAUACUGCUGCCUACCAAAAUAUUCAAAAUAUUGAUGAAAGUGAAGAUUUGGAGGUUUUUCGGAGCUCACUUUAUCCAUCGGACUAUCACUCUCGCCUAGACAUAGUUCGUGCAAAUUCCAAGUCCCCUCUGCAAAGAACUGCCUCCUCAAAAUCUUCAUUGAGGACAGUACAGAUUUCCCGCAGUAUGCUAAGAAGAGAUGAAGAAGAAGAGGAGGAAGAUGAGGAUGAGGAAGAGGAGGAUGAGGAGGAAGAAUUUGAUGCUACUAAGGAAGCUUUCCUCAGGCUAAGAUGACUUGAUUCCUUUACACAUAGAGAAUCAAUGCUCACAAAUAAGGACUGAGCCCAGUAUCUACGUUUAUUGCUGCUUUGCUUUUAAAUAAAAGUGCCUUCAUGAUAAAACUA